AUGCAAGAUGAUAUUAACGCCCGCAACAGCCUGUAUGAAACCAAUAUUACCCUAAAAUAUUGCCCGCAAUUUAAAGCCAACAAUGAUCUUUCCAAGGCGAAAAUGUUGUGUUUUCUUUAGGAAAUUGCUCGUAGUUUCGAUUCUAGCGUGUUGUUGUGUUUCGUUAUUAAAUUUGCUGUGUUUUAACGGAGAAUGUAAUAUUUCGGAGAAAGAAAAUAAAGCUCUGUCUUCGUUGAGCGAAGUUGUUUUGCAAGCCAACCAAUUAUCAAGCCACAAAAAUGGCCAGUUCUCUGAAAUGAUGGCUUCUGCGUCUUCUAAAGCGAACACUGAAGGUAUUGUGACGAAUAGUAGUUGAUAAAAUCUUUUUUUAAUUAAACGCACUCUUAUUUGAAUUCUGGGCCAAAUUAGGGGGGGGGGGGGAGUCACGGAGUCACCCAGGCAGUAAUUGCUUUUGGUUAUACUGUAGUGUUCAAUUACAUAUCUGUAAAAAAGUUAAUCUAUUUUGUGUUCUAGCAGUGAACCCACACAAGAAAGAGCUUGAUGUGGUUAAAAAAAUGAAGUCACUUCAUCUGACGUCAUUGGAUUUUUGUCCAAAAGAGAAUUAUUAUCACAGAAAUAACACUUUAUUGCUGGGCAAGGAAGCAUUUGGACAAAAAAGUAAGACUUCCAUGGAAGAAAAUGAUUGUAAUUUGAUUUUCUGAUUUCCAGUGAUUUUCUGUAUUUAAUAACGUUAAAACGCACAAGUUGUAACAAACUUGCAGUAGGCUACAGCAAUGCUGUUCCAACAACUUGUCAACAGGAUGUGUUCGCACUGCUUGUUCCCAGCUAAUUGUUGACAACUUGCUAUAAGGUUGUUGAGUUCAACAGACUUGUUACAAGUUGUUCCAACAACUUGUUAUCGUCCUACAAUUCAACAACUUGUCAGCAAUGACCUUGUAGCAGCUUGUCAAAAUAACAGCAUUGUUACAACUUGUGGACAUGAAGCUUGCUACAAGCGUGUUGCGAACACAUCUUGUUGACAAGUUGUGAGAUUUUAACGUAAUAUAAAAUUGUGAACCAAAAUUAUUGUGGUGGUGUUUUCUGACAUUUUAUAUAUAUUAAUUUUUUUUGUGUUUGAUUGAGGAUUUUUAUCUGUUGGUAUCCCAAGCAUUGGGCGAAAAACAAAAUCUUACCUCAAGAAGACAUUGGCAAGCAUCCUUGGAGCCAUCAGUGAAGAUGAAAGAGAGAACAUCACCAUCGUUGUAUUUCUUGCUGAUUUUGACGUCAAACAAAGUCAACUGUCGGAUAUUGCUGUGACAUUUGAGAAGUACAUCACCAUGGGCGUACUUCAAAUCAUCCAGGCACCAUCAGAUUAUUAUGUACCACUGCGAGACCUACAUCGCAGCUUAGGUAAGUAGUGAACAUACUUGGGGUGUACAGAAGGCCAUGCACUUUGGGAUCCACACCUCACCUUCGCCAACAAAGUGGACCUGGCAGACGUGUGACAGGGCGUGGUUUGGGCCAAUAACAAUUUAUAAUUUUUGAUAAGUAUUCUUAGGUAAUUUUAAUAUCUACAAGAAUGUUUCAUAUUUACAUGGUGCAUCAAUAUUGUAACUGUUCUGAACAGGGGCAUAGGAACUGUGAGGGGGGGGGGGGUACAGGCGGCACAUCCCCCCCCAAAAAAAAAAUUGUUCAAAAUGCCUUUUUUGUGAUGAAUAGUGUCCUUUUUGUACAAGCUAAUGUUGCUGCUAAUUAUAUUAUCAUUGAAGGUGCCAUAUUGUAAGGAAAUUUUGAUGUUUUCAAAAAAUGUUUUGUCAAAAACGUUGUACAGAUAUGUCAUGUUGAAAUUGUGCUGAUAGUGAUAGACAUAACAAUUGGAAGGGUUAGGCACCCCUCCUGAACCCCCCCCCCCCUCACUAUGCCUUGCCCCAAAAGCACCCGCUUCCAUAUGAAAUUAUUUUCCUAUCCCUCCCUGGAAGAAAGUUGAAAAAUGAUCUAGGAAAUAAAUUCUUGUUGAAUUUCACAUGAACAUAUAUUUCAUAUUUCAGGCGACCACAUGGACAGAGUAUUAUGGAGGUCAAAACAAGCGUUAGAUUACGUCUAUCUCAUGUGUUACUGCAGCUAUGUCUCACAAUACUACUUACAACUUGAAGAUGACGUCAUUGCAAGCCCACAAUUUCUUUCCAAGAUUGCCGACUUCAUUAAUUCUCAGAAAUCUGAGUGGAUUUCUCUGAAUGUUGCACUACUUGGUUACAUUGGUAAACUGUAUCCAGUACGAGAGCUCCAAAACUUGGCUUCGUAUCUACGCUUGUUUUUUGAUGAAAUGCCAGUGGAUUGGCUGGAACCACGAUGGAAGAAAUAUCGGGGGCAGGAUCCUCGCGAGACCAAAUGCAGAGCUGCAUCACUAUUUCAACAUAUUGGCCUUAUCUCGUCUUUCAGACCGAAAGAAUCUCAAAGACCAAACACUUUGAAGGAGAAAUAUUUCGAUCGAUUUGAUCAAAAGUAUGCUGGGCUGAAUCCCCCCGCGGAAAUAUCGUCAGAUUUAUCUCCAAUUCAUGGCAAACCUUUAGACGCUUAUACGAAAGGCGAUGGUCACUUUCAUGGGCGCUUUGCCUCGGCGGGGAAUAAGAUGUAUAAUAUUUAUCUGAAGAGAGAGACAAAACUCAAGAGGAUCGUAGUCGAGACAGGAGCGAACUUUGCAGAACGCGAUGCUAUCGUGAGCGCAACAUUGGACGUCAGUGAGGUUGUUGUCAAGACAGGCCGCUGUUCAGACUACGAGAUUGUAGGAGAGUUUAGAUUUGGGAGGAUAGAUGUGACGUUGAAUGGACGCAAAGCUCGCUGUGUCAGAAUUAAUAUUGUCUAUCAAGGACGCUGGAUUUAUUUUCGAGAGAUUGACAUAUGGACUAGUUGA